UGUUUUUGUUGCUAGUGGGGACUGUUGUGAUGUGAAAAUGGCGACGCCUCGUCGCUCCUCUCAGCAGCAGUCAAAUUCCCUGCUUUCCUCCCCGCCCCGCAGCUCCUCUCUCCCCGUCACAUUGCCCGGCUCUCCUCCAGCACCUACCGAAGAUGCCGCUUUGCUUCCCCGCGGUGCAUCGGCGACGGAGAGCGUGGCUGACGGUGAGGUAACGCCGGCCUCUCCCAGCAGCACCUCCCCAUCUCCGGCCCUCACAGCCAGCAGCUCCAGCAGCAGCAGCAGCAGCAGCAGGGUUAGCAGCAGCGCUAGCUCCCCGACCGCUACCACCACCGAAGGAAGCGACACCAGCCCAGGCUCCCCGCCCAGCUCUGGUAGCGGUAACACCGGGAGCAGCAGCAGCGGGGACGGCAGCGCUUACGGGGCCUUCAGGGAGCUGUUUGAAGCCUGUCGAAACGGGGAUGUUUCCAGAGUCAAGAAACUUGUGGAUGCGAUGAAUGUGAACGCCAAAGACAUGGCUGGACGAAAAUCCACGCCCCUGCAUUUCGCUGCAGGUUUUGGGCGGAAAGAUGUGGUGGACCACCUGCUUCAGAUGGGUGCUAAUGUGCACGCUCGAGACGAUGGCGGUCUGAUCCCGCUUCACAACGCGUGCUCCUUCGGCCAUUCUGAGGUUGUGUCUCUGCUGCUGUGUCAAGGGGCGGAGCCGAAUGCUCGAGACAACUGGAACUACACACCGCUGCAUGAAGCUGCCAUCAAGGGCAAGAUAGACGUGUGUAUAGUUUUACUGCAGCACGGAGCCGACCCCAACAUCCGCAACACCGACGGCAAGUCUGCCCUGGACCUGGCUGAACCGUCUGCCAAGGCUGUGCUCACAGGUGAAUACAAGAAGGAUGAGCUGCUGGAGGCGGCAAGGAGUGGAAACGAGGAGAAGCUAAUGGCCUUACUUACACCGCUAAAUGUCAACUGCCAUGCCAGCGACGGCCGCAAGACAACCCAAAAGGCACCCCUACGGCUCAACUCCGUACAGUCCACACCAUUGCACCUGGCAGCAGGAUACAACAGAGUGAGGAUAGUGCAGCUGUUGUUGCAACACGGAGCAGAUGUUCACGCCAAGGACAAGGGUGGGCUGGUACCUCUUCAUAACGCUUGUUCCUAUGGACACUAUGAAGUUACUGAACUUCUUCUAAAGCAUGGAGCUUGUGUGAAUGCCAUGGAUCUGUGGCAGUUCACUCCUCUGCAUGAAGCGGCGUCUAAAAACCGCGUGGAAGUCUGCUCUUUGCUGUUAAGCCACGGCGCUGACCCGACCUUGCUUAACUGCCAUAGCAAAAGCUCAGUGGACAUGGCCCCCACUCCAGAGCUGAAGGAGAGGCUGACAUAUGAAUUUAAGGGCCACUCGCUCCUCCAAGCUGCUCGGGAGGCUGACAUGGCUAAGGCCAAGAAGACCCUGGCUCUGGAGAUCAUCAACUUUAAACACCCUCACACACAUGAAACUGCACUGCACUGUGCAGUGGCAUCGCCACACCCAAAGAGGAAACAGGUCACAGAGCUGCUGCUGAGGAAAGGGGCCAACGUCAAUGAGAAGAAUAAGGAUUUUAUGACUCCUCUGCAUGUGGCGGCUGAACGGGCUCAUAAUGACAUCAUGGAGGUGCUACAGAAACACGGUGCAAAGGUGAACGCCCUGGACACGCUGGGUCAGACGGCUCUGCAUCGCGCGGCAUUGGCCGGCCACCUUCAGACCUGCAGGCUGUUGCUAGGAUACGGGGCAGACGCCUCUCUGGUGUCGCUGCAGGGCUUCACGGCUGCUCAAAUGGGAAACGAAGCUGUGCAGCAGAUACUCAAUGAAAGUGUCCCUGUGAGGAACUCUGAUGUGGAUUACAGACUCCUGGAAGCCGCUAAAGCUGGAGAUCUGGACACUAUCAAGUCAUUGUGCACGCCUCAGAAUGUGAACUGCCGAGACCUGGAGGGACGGCACUCCACUCCUCUUCACUUUGCUGCCGGCUACAACCGAGUGUCGGUGGUGGAGUACCUGCUGCACCACGGGGCUGACGUUCAUGCGAAAGAUAAAGGUGGUUUGGUCCCUCUUCACAAUGCCUGUUCAUACGGACACUACGAAGUGGCCGAGCUGUUGGUCCGACAUGGAGCUUCAGUCAACGUGGCCGAUUUGUGGAAGUUUACGCCGCUCCACGAAGCCGCCGCAAAGGGCAAAUAUGAGAUCUGCAAGCUGCUGCUAAAGCAUGGAGCAGAUCCAACCAAGAAGAACAGGGAUGGGAACACGCCUCUUGAUCUGGUGAAGGAUGGGGACACAGACAUCCAGGACCUGCUGAGAGGAGACGCUGCACUGCUGGACGCUGCCAAAAAGGGCUGCCUGGCCAGGGUGCAGAAGCUAUGUAGCCCCGACAACAUUAACUGCCGGGACACGCAGGGACGCAACUCCACACCACUCCACCUCGCAGCCGGCUACAACAACUUGGAAGUAGCAGAGUAUCUGCUGGAACACGGAGCUGACGUGAACGCACAGGACAAAGGAGGGUUAAUUCCUUUACACAACGCUGCUUCGUACGGGCACGUGGACAUCGCCGCCCUGCUGAUCAAGUACAACACAUGUGUGAACGCCACAGACAAGUGGGCGUUCACCCCACUCCACGAAGCAGCGCAGAAAGGCCGGACUCAACUCUGCGCGCUGCUGCUGGCGCACGGAGCUGACCCCACCAUGAAGAACCAGGAGGGACAGACGCCGCUGGACCUGGCAACGGCUGAUGACAUCAGAGCUCUGCUGAUUGAUGCCAUGCCGCCAGAUGCCCUGCCCAGCUGCUUGAAACCACAGGCCACUGUGGUGAGUGCGGGCGUGGUGAGUACAGGUGCAACGGCAGCGGUGGUCAUUUCGCCUUCCCCGUCCCCCUCCUGCUUAUCGGCAGCCAGCAGCAUUGACAACCUGACCGCCCCCCUCAGCGACAUCGCAGGAGCCGGAGUCUCCAAUGUCGCAGAUGGAGCGUCCGGCUCCGACAGGAAGGAGAACGACACUCUGCUGGACAUGACCAUCAACCAGUUCUUGAAGAGUCUGGGCCUGGAACACCUUAGGGACAUCUUCCAGCGAGAACAGAUUUCCCUGGAUGUCCUGGCAGAUAUGGGUCACGAGGAGCUGAAGGAGAUCGGCAUCAACGCCUACGGCCACAGACACAAACUCAUCAAGGGCAUUGAGAGGCUGCUGGGAGGUCAACAAGGGGCAAACCCAUACCUGACGUUUCACUGCUCCAGCCAGGGCACAGUGCUCAUCGACCUGGCACCAGAUGACAAGGAGUUCCAGUCUGUCGAAGAGGAACUGCAGAGCACAAUCAGAGAGCACCGUGAUGGAGGCAACGCAGGCGGAGUCUUCAGCCGGUACAACAUCAUUAAGAUUCAGAAAGUGGUGAACAAGAAGCUGCGAGAAAGAUACGCACACAGGCAGAAGGAAAUUGCUGAUGAGAACCAUAAUCAUCACAACGAGCGCAUGCUCUUUCAUGGUUCUCCCUUCAUCAAUGCAAUAAUCCAUAAGGGCUUUGACGAGCGUCACGCCUAUAUUGGGGGCAUGUUCGGUGCAGGGAUCUACUUCGCAGAGAACUCCUCCAAAAGCAACCAGUAUGUGUACGGGAUUGGAGGAGGAACAGGAUGUCCCACCCACAAAGACCGCUCCUGCUAUGUGUGCCACAGGCAGAUGCUUUUCUGCAGGGUGACCCUUGGAAAGUCAUUUCUUCAGUUCAGUGCAAUGAAGAUGGCCCACGCCCCGCCGGGUCAUCACUCUGUGAUUGGACGCCCCAGCGUGAAUGGACUGGCAUAUGCAGAGUAUGUCAUUUACAGAGGAGAGCAGGCUUACCCCGAAUACUUGAUCACCUACCAGAUUGGGAAGCCAGAGAGCGUGGCGGCGCCAGCAGCCACGGCUGAACAGAAGUCCUAAAGCGCUGUGACCGCUGGAGCUGGAGAUGGCCAGCUGCUUUCUGAAAAGACUAAAACUUGAACCUAAAAACGUUUAAAGCCUCAGAUGUGGAAGUCAAGUCCUCAGAGCUGAACUGCAGGCGUGAAGUGUGAAGUGAUGGCUGCAUAGAAGCUGAAAAACCCACAGAAAAUGUGUUUGGUGAACACGAGACGACAGAGGAGGUUGGAAAGACGGGAGUUUUCUGAUUUGAAACCCCAAAGCAGAAACAGUCUGUCGCCCUUAAUCUUAAGGUCAAACAGUCAGAGUUGCUUGUGGAUGUGAACCAUACGCAGUUUUGCAGCUCUAUGUGAAGACAAUAGCAGUUACAGAGAAGCACAGUCUAAAGCCAAACAAACAUUACAGUCUUUAGCAUCUAUGAAAACGGCUGGGUUUGACAUCCUGACCUGUUUUGCUUUAGUUCAUUACUCCAAAACAACAUCCGCAGGGUGUCUUUAAGAAGCAGCAACUGUCCUGCUGAGAGAACACGCCUCUGUGGAGGUCAAUGUUGAGGCUUUAGGAAAACCGGGGAAAUGACCAAAUGAGCAAAUCAGUGAGGAGGAAACGAUGAGACCAGAAUUCCCUCCAGUCCAAACAGGGACCAAGCAGUCAGACCAAGAUCACCUCUGCAGCUAAAACAUGAACACAUAGGAGUUUUAAAGUUUAUUUUUUAAAGGACUUCAGGGACUAAUGUUGUCAUGGAGUUGUGCUGCCUUUUUUUUAAACAAAGCAAAAAAACAAGUCGAGCCAGUUCAGUCUAAACAUGCUUCUCAAUAAAACUCACAAGGACCAUAGAAUAUGUCAGACUUUAUAUAAGUGGCCUGCAGGAAGCCCCUUUCGCAUGAAGCUCUUCAUCUGGAAACAUUGCUGUCAUUUCAGAUUAAAUCUUAAUGCAGCCUUUGCAGAAACGGUUACAUAAAAACAAACAAGCGUAAGUUUCAGAAAAGCUGCUUUUGAAGACGGUCUUAUGCUUCACCGCACACGGAGACGUAAUGUUAGGUGUUUUUACUGUUGGCACUAAGAUCAAUGUUAACAUCAAACAAAGAAGACUCCAAAACAUGUAGACUGAAGGUAAUUCUUUACAGAAAUGGAUCUUUUGAAGAAAUGGAAUGUAUGGGGUAAAAUAAAACAAAAGAGGGGGGCAUUUUCUUUAAAAAGCCCCAGUGUAUAACCCACCAGGUUGGGUUAGUGCCUCUCCUUGAACUCAUCUGCAAUCAUUUGUGAAGAUUUUUUUUUUUUUAUAGAAAUGUUUCUCGGACAUGGGUGUUGUUUACAUGAACCUGCUGCCUUCUCAGCCCAUUCUCAGCUGUUGCUGCCCUCUAGUGGCUGAUCAGCUUAUUUUUGGGGAACACAAAUUUCCAUUUUAGCUGAAGAAGACACCAUACAUGUAAGGAGUCAGUCCUGCAAAGCUGUGCAUUUCAGAAAUUUCAAGUUUUCCGCCCAUCUACAAUUUUUGUUUUGUUUUGUUAUUUUUCAACAUUUAUCGUUGUGAAAAUUGAAUCCUUGUUCCUGCAUUUGAAUGAGAAAUUCAGCAGAAAUGUUGCAGAAGAAAUGUAAAGGAGACGGAAGAGGAGGAAGAUUGCUAUACAUAGGUUGCUUUUUAAAAACAAUACCAACCCAAAAACAUUGUAUUACAAAUUGCAACACAAUUUUCUCCAUCCUGUAGAAUCCCAAUGGCUUUUUUUGUUUGUUUCCGUAGAGACCAUUUUUUCUGUCAUGAGUUUGUCCAUAUUUGUUUUUGUUGAUGCUGUCUAUCCCACAGAGCCAAUUAAUUUCAGUUUUCACUGAGUGAGCCCCUCGUAUCAAGUUAACCUUUGCAGUCUUUGGCCUUGUAGUCCUAAUGAAUGGCUGUAACUGGUUUGGACAGCUUGCCUUGAAAGUUCUUAACAAGUAAUUUGUGUCAUUUAUUGGGACUUAAGCUACUUUUAACAUGUAAAGUUCUCAAAAUGCGUUUUGCUCUACAAACGCACAUAAUGAAUUGUUUUUCACAGAAAAGUGUAAUGGCACAUCUCAGCUAAUUAUGCAUAUAAUUAGGCUGGAUGAAAUAAUAAAAAAAGUUAAUGAAAAGAUGUGGCUUUAAUGAGAUAAUCAUGGCGAAAUGUAUUUUCAAGUGGAAAAUAAAAGUUGCUGACCCUAAAAGAAAAGUACUCAGCCUUAAGGAAUCAUAUCUCAUGUUUGGGGAUCAUAUUUUAUCAAAUGAAAGUACGUUUUUUAUAGAAAUCCUUCUAAAAGGGAUUAUCGGCUGUAGAAAAACCACAUUUCAGGUCCUACACUGAACGGACGUUUCAGUGGUUUAAGCAGAAGACCGGCAUUGAUCUCAUGGAGGCAAACAGUACAGCGUGAUCAGAGGCUGCGUUUUAAACUGUAAAGUUAUUCCUCGUGGGCCUUCAGCUGCUCUUUUACUGAUAAUUUGUCUUUUUUUUUAUACAUUUGAGCAGCUCUCUACUGAUUUGUCUGAACAGCCCGUCAGCUGCCUUGUUGUAAAUAUCCUGGAGGGUGUGUUUGUGUGUUUGUGUGAAACCAGCCCGGGCCUCACUCUUUCCUUUGUUCCUUCUUGUUUGACCUCCUGGUGUACAGACUCUUGUACAGACGACCAGCUAACAUGUGGAACACACAAACUCAUGUACAUAAGAAAAUGCCUAAUAAAGAAUUCCAACUGUC